AUGAACACAUGCAGAACUUUACUGCCGUUAGCGGUGGACGAGAACCUUCAGUUCAGACUGGAUGAGCGCAGCGCUCACAGCAGCCUGGACCUCUUCAAGAAAGACACGGGAAUCAUCUACCGCAUGCUGGGCCUCGACCCCACCCAGGUCCAAGACAACCCCGAGCGCUUCAGGGAGUGGGCCGUGGUGUUGGGCGACGCGAGGAUCGACAGCGGACGCCACUACUGGGAGGUCACGGUCAAGAAGUCGCAGGAGUUUCGUGUGGGGGUGGCAGAGGCGCUGAUGUGCAGGGACGAGUGCGUCGGCACCAGCAGCUCGUCCUGGGUGUUUGGCUUCGCUCAGAGGAAGUGGUUCGCCAUGACCAAGGGUAAGGUGGUUCCAGUAACCCUGGUGGGAAAGCCUGACCGCGUGGGGAUCCUGCUCGACUACGAAGCGGGUCUCCUGGCACUGGUGGACACCGAGAAGCCCCGGAUCAUCCAUGCCCUCAACGCUCAGUUCACUUCUCCUCUCUGCCCUGCGUUUGGACUUUGGGACGGGGAGCUGCUCACACACUCGGGUCUGGAGGAACCGGAGGGCCUGAAGUGAAGUGGGAUCAACAGAUGGUGGUACUGGUCACGUGGGCCAGCAGAAGGGAUCUGAUACUUGGGCAGCACUUCUCAUGAUCAAAGAACCUUUCAGGAAAAAUAGCAAUAUCUUUAAUGGAAAUCACUGAAAGUUGAUGGUUAAGUUCAGUUAAUCGUCAUGCGAGAUCUUUGUGUGUCGUUUGUAACAGACGUGUGUGAGCUGCAUGUCUGACCUCAUGGACUAACGGUGGCUGGACCUGAGAGGAACAUUUACUGCCACGUUCUUUUAUACUGAAUGCUGUGGUAUUUCUCACUAAUAGAAUCUAGGGGGUGCACCAAUAAAUUGUCCGGCCAAUUCAUCGGCCCCGAUUUCCUUAAUUUUGGAAGAUCGGCUGAUACACGAGAAACU